GAAAGAAAAGAUAAAAUUCAAUUUUCAGUCAGCUUAGUCCGUUCCGCACCAAUUACUCUGUCCUGUUCCAGAGUCAAGUCCAAGGCGUGUCAGGACCGUUUCACACAAAAUAUGGCGUGCAAGGGAGUUUCCCAACCUUCCCCAUCCAAUAGUUUCGAACAAUGAAACUCUAGAAUUCUUCGAAAGUAACAGACGGCUUCAUUUCUCAAGAAUUCUCCAUUCAUUUUAUCUCACAUGAUUUUUUUUUUCUCUGGUACAAUUCAUUCAUGGCGAUCCUUAAGAUAACCCAAAAGCACCAUAACCGCUUCAACAACCCCUUCCCUCCUGCCCCAUCAAGUAUUCCUUUCGUUCAAGGGUCUCUUUUCCUCAAUUCCAAAACACUGCAUUCACAUGAAAUCUUUGCAAUCGGUAAUGAUUUUCAGCUUUCCUGGUUCUCCGACAAUGGCGGAUACCUCUCAAUUUCGCAUCUUUCUCAGCCAAGUCGACCCAUUUGGUCUACUGUCCCAGGACAGGCCUUCGUCUCCGCUGCAUUGGCUGACACCGAGGUGGAAGAAAGCAGGGGAUCCUUCCUUGUCAAGGACAGAGGUGUUCAUUUGGUCUGUCCUCACCAAACCAUUGACUCUAUUAGGGUGGUUAAUCCAUGCGACCGUCGUCGGGAAACCGAGGUGGCAAAUUCUCCUUCUGGGUACCUGGGAUUAAGUCAGAAAAGGGAUAUCAGAGGUAUGCAUCUUCCUACUUUGCUGAUCACGGGAAGGCUUUUCAAUACGACGACGAAGAAUAGAAAGUUUCAGAAGCAAGUCACGCAUUCAAAUAUGCAGUUCAAGGCAACAGGACCCUCUGCCUCCGCAAGGUACUGGGUUUUGUUCAGUCAGAAAAACAAUAAUCAGGUUGGAUUUCAUGUUAAGACUGAAACACCAAAAAUCAUUUCACGCAAGCAGAGCUCUACAACAGUUUCAGGAAUGUACCGAGGAUUUAAGAAGAGGCUGAUUAACCGAAAAAGAAGAUUUGGUUGGUUUUGGAAUCUUUCGAGGCCAAGAGGUUUUGUCUUAUUUUCAUCAACAGAGGAAGAAAUGGCAAAAUUUAAAAAACCAGAAUCAGCAGAGUUCAACAGGAUUUGGGUGACGUAUGCAACUGAUGAGGAUGAGAGAUUUUACGGUUUCGGGGAGCAGUUCUCUCACAUGAAUUUGAAAGGGAAAAAGAUACCCAUUUUUGUUCAAGAACAGGGAAUUGGAAGAGGAGAUCAACCUAUCACCUUUGCUGCUAACUUGGUCAGUUACAGGGCAGGGGGUGAUUGGAGUACCACUUAUGCUCCUUCUCCAUUCUACAUGACAUCUAAAAUGAGGUCCAUUUACCUUGAAGGAUAUGAUUAUACCAUCUUCGAUCUGACAAUACCGGAUAGAGUACAGAUCCAGAUACAUGGAAAUUCAGUUGACGGGCGGAUAUUGCAUGGGAACUCACCUUGUGAACUCAUUGAACGUUUCACAGAAACGAUUGGAAGGCAACCUGAGCUUCCAGAGUGGAUAAUAUCUGGUGCUGUAGUCGGAAUGCAGGGUGGCACAGAAGCAGUACGUCAUAUCUGGGAUGAACUAAGGGCCCAUGACCUUCCCAUUUCAGCAUUUUGGUUGCAGGAUUGGGUAGGGCAAAGAGAAACUUGUAUUGGUUCACAAUUGUGGUGGAAUUGGGAAGUGGAUGCACAAAGGUAUAGCGGAUGGAAGGACCUUAACAAAGAUCUUAGUGCUCAGCAAAUCAAAGUGAUGACAUAUUGUAAUCCAUGUCUAGCUCGGGUUGAUGAGAAGACAAACAAAAGAAGAAACCACUUUGAGGAGGCAAAGCAGUUGGACAUCUUAGUGAAAAACAAGAACGGGAAUCCAUACAUGGUUCCUAAUACAGCUUUUAAUGUGGGCAUGUUGGAUCUAACACACCCAAAGACUGCAACAUGGUUCAAGCAAAUUCUACGAGAAAUGGUGAAUGAUGGUGUUAGAGGAUGGAUGGCUGAUUUUGGGGAAGGCCUUCCUGUGGAUGCCGUUCUCUAUUCAGGUGAAGAUCCUAUUUCAGCUCAUAACAAAUACCCAGAACUAUGGGCCCAAGUCAACAGAGAGUUUGUUGAAGAAUGGAAAAAUGACAAUUUGGAUAAGGCAAAAGAAGAGAGCUUGGUUUUCUUCAUGAGGGCUGGUUUCAGAGAUAGCCCCAGAUGGGGGAUGCUAUUCUGGGAAGGAGACCAAAUGGUUAGUUGGCAGAUGAAUGAUGGAAUCAAGAGUUCUGUUGUUGGCCUACUAAGCAGCGGAAUUUCAGGGUUUGCUUUUAAUCACAGUGACAUAGGAGGCUAUUGUACAGUAAACUUACCUAUAAUCAAGUACACAAGAAGUGAGGAGCUGCUUUUGCGAUGGAUGGAACUCAAUUCAUUUACCACCAUCUUCCGCACCCAUGAAGGAAAUAAACCAUCUCGCAACAGCCAGUUCUACUCAAACCAACGAACACUGUCACAUUUUGCACGCUUUGCAAAAGUGUACGCAGCCUGGAAAUUUUACCGUAUUCAACUGGUGAAGGAAGCUGCACAAAAAGGGCUGCCUGUAUGCCGCCACCUAUUUCUCCAUUACCCAGGUGAUGAACAUGUGCUUCAGUUGAGUUAUCAGCAGUUCAUGGUUGGUUCUGAGAUUCUAGUGGUGCCUGUUCUUGACAAAGGAAAGAAAAAAGUUAAAGCCUAUUUUCCAUUGGGAGAGACUAGUAGUUGGCUACAUAUCUGGACGGGGAAAGUGUUCUCUGAAAAAGGAAGUGAAGCAUGGGUAGAAGCUCCAUUAGGAAAUCCUGCUGUAUUUAUUAAGGUUGGCUCCAUAAUUGGGGAAACCUUCUUGCAAAACCUAAGAAGUUUUGGCAUUCUUUAAAACAAUAGAUGUAAAGCUCUUACGGUCUAAGUAGCUUAUCUAGCCAUAUCUUUUGAGCAAUGAGCUCAGACUCAAGUCAUUGCAAUUGAAUUUAUUUACAGAAAUAA